AUGCUGUCUCCCCGCAAGCCCUUUGGAGUUGUGAGUGAGAACGUGUCCCCCACUAAGAGCCUGGCCUUGACUGACAAGGAGAGAACGCCGCCUUCCCGUAGCAAUACCCGGUUCCUGGCAAGUAAAACCGCCCGCAAGAUCUUCCAGGAGGCGGAGACCGAUUCGGUAAAAAUCCAGGUCUCUUCAAUUCAUGAGGAGCCCCUCCUGAGGGACAACCCCCAUCGCUUUGUCAUCUUCCCUAUUCGGUAUCAUGAUAUCUGGCAGAUGUACAAGAAAGCAGAAGCCUCCUUCUGGACAGCAGAGGAGGUGGAUCUCUCCAAAGACCUUCAGCACUGGGAAUCGCUGAAGCCAGAGGAGAAGCUCUUCAUCUCUCGCGUAUUGGCCUUCUUUGCUGCAAGUGAUGGCAUUGUUAAUGAGAACUUGGUGGAACGGUUCAGUCGGGAAGUACAAGUAACAGAAGCCCGCUGUUUCUAUGGAUUCCAAAUGGCAAUGGAGAAUAUUCAUUCAGAAAUGUACAGCCUUCUCAUAGACACUUACAUUAAAGAUCCCAAGGAGAGGGAAUUCCUCUUCAAUGCUAUUGAAACUUUGCCUUAUGUGAAAAAGAAGGCUGUCUGGACCCUGCGCUGGAUUAGUGACAGAGAAGCCUCAUUUGGUGAGCGUGUAGUGGCCUUUGCUGCCGUGGAAGGCAUCUUUUUCUCUGGCUCAUUUGCAUCUAUAUUCUGGCUGAAGAAACGCGGCCUGAUGCCUGGGCUCACUUUCUCAAACGAACUCAUUAGCCGUGAUGAGGGAUUACACACAGACUUCGCAUGUCUCAUGUUCAAGCAUCUUGUGAACAAACCAUCUGAGGCCCGUGUCAAGGAACUAAUUACAGAUGCCGUGAGAAUUGAGCAGGAAUUCCUGACGGAUGCACUGCCUGUAAACCUGAUUGGCAUGAACUGCAAGCUGAUGGCACAGUAUAUUGAAUUUGUUGCUGAUCGUCUGCUGCUUGAACUUGGCUUUAGCAAGAUCUACAGAGUAGAAAAUCCUUUUGACUUCAUGGAGAACAUCUCACUGGAAGGAAAGACUAAUUUCUUUGAGAAGAGAGUUGGUGAAUAUCAGAAGAUGGGAGUCAUGUCCAAGACAUCAGACCACGCAUUCACACUUGAUGCAGAUUUUUAACCCUUGUGGCUUUGAUGGAUGCAGACUUGGGUAUAGUGACUUUUUUGUGUGCAGCUAGGUAUCAAACAUGAGUUAACUG